AAUCUACAAAAGAUAGUUUAGUAGAAUUAGAUACUGGAAAACCUCAUUUUAAAUUAAAUCUUAUAACAUUUGAUCCAAGAAAAUUUCACUUUUUAGAAUCGGAUCUUUUUAAUCACCUAGAAUUAUUACAUAAUAUAAAAUUAUGUAAAAAUUUAACUUCAUUAUCAACUUAUGUUUAUUCAAAUACUCAAGAAAAUUUAUUUACAACCCUUAUUAAUUUAGAUCAAUUAAAACAAUUGGUGAUUACUGAAAUUUCUUAUUCAUUAGAUACUAAGCAAAAAAGUUUAAUCUUUUCCGAAUUUUUAACAAAAUUAGCAAAUCAUUUACCAUCAACUUUAAAAUGGUUACAUAUAGGAACAAAAUUUGGAAUAAGAAAAGAUAUUUUACAAGACUUUAAGAUAAAUACUUUAUGUAAAUUUAAAAAAAUCGCCGUUUUUGGUGGUAUGGAUUGGGAUAUGGAAAAUCAAAAGGUUGAAUUUGAAGGGGUUUAUGAUGAAUUGAAUAUUGAUGAGAUUAAGAAUAGUUUAAUUCCAAAUUAUG